GGGAGGGCUCCACCUUCUCUGGGUGGUGGGGGGGAGAGCGCUGGCAAGAGAAACAUGUCUGACUCCAGCGCUACAGGACUGAUCUGCACCAAGGGUUCAGCCGAUUCCUACACUAGUCGACCCUCUGAUUCCGACCUGUCCCUGGAGGAGGACCAGGAGGCGUCUCGGCGUGAAGCCGAGCGCCAGGCUCAGCUGCAGCUAGAGAGAGCCAAGUCUAAACCAGUGGCCUUUGCAGUGAAAACAAAUGUUAGUUAUUGUGGAGCCCUGGAUGAAGAUUGUCCGGUCCAAGGCGCAGCCAUUAAUUUUGAAACCAAAGACUUUCUGCACAUUAAAGAGAAAUACAACAAUGAUUGGUGGAUUGGUCGACUGGUGAAGGAGGGAGCGGACAUCACUUUCAUCCCCAGCCCUGUCAAGCUGGAGGCCAUCAGGAUAAAACAAGAGCAGAAAGCAGCAGCAAGGAAAGGAGGGAAUGCGUCAUCCGGGGGUUGGAGACCUGCUCCGCCAUCUGCAGCCAAACAGAAGCAGAAACAGACUGAACUUGUUCCUCCAUACGAUGUGGUUCCUUCUAUGCGGCCAGUGGUGCUGGUGGGACCUUCGCUAAAAGGUUAUGAGGUGACAGAUAUGAUGCAGAAAGCCUUGUUUGAUUUCCUAAAGCACAGGUUUGAUGGCAGGAUCUCCAUUACACGGGUGACUGCUGACCUGUCACUGGCGAAGCGCUCUGUUCUCAACAAGAAGACCAUCAUGGAGAGAUCCAACAUGCGCUCCAGUCUGGCUGAGGUGCAGAGUGAGAUAGAAAGGAUCUUCGAGCUUGCCAAAUCUCUCCAGCUGGUCGUCCUGGAUGCAGACACCAUCAAUCACCCUGCACAGCUUCUCAAAACCUCGCUGGCCCCCAUCAUCGUCUACGUCAAAGUGUCAUCGCCCAAAGUUCUACAGAGGCUGAUCAAAUCUCGAGGCAAAUCGCAGAGCAAACACCUCAACGUCCAGAUGAUGGCGGGGGACAAGCUUGCCCAGUGUCCGCCUGAAAUGUUUGACGUCAUCCUGGAUGAGAACCAGCUGGAAGAUGCAUGUGAACAUCUGGCUGAGUAUUUGGACAUUUAUUGGCGUGCUACACACCUUCCUUGUUCUGCCCCAGUCAACCCCGUACAGGACCAAAGCGUCAUCACCCCACCAUCUGCUAACUCCAGCCAGCAGUUUUCUGAGACUCAGGAGUUGAUCGAGUGAUCCUUCCCUUUGACAACGGUAGCCUAGUUGUUGGCUGAGGCUACACAGCACAGGGACAAGGGCACCACCAGGGGGCAGCAGCUGCAGCAGGCCCUCGUCUCUCCAUCCUCAAGUCCGAGCGAUUGGAUGGAAAGGGUGCAGCCACAUCCUAGGGGGAUGAGGGAAGCCCCAUCAUUGAGAGCGCGCCUUCACCUCAGUGCUGCCCCCUAGGGGGUUGCCCCCUGGUCCCAACGCCACGUGACUACUCAGGGUCGCUUUCUACAGCUGCACAAUACAUACCUGAACACAGCACAGCAGAGCAGACAUUGCACGCCACCUCUCCGAUCACGCCUGCUGAUGAAAGUCACGACCACUCUCCUCCGCCCUUCACCUGGCAAAGCUGAGCCAGCCCACGCGUCCUCCUCAGAGGUGGCCGACCUUGAUGCGAGCAAGGUGAUUCAGCACUUAUCUUCAUCAAAUGACAUGCUUAUAAAGGUCAGUCUGUGUUAGUGAUCAGUUAGUUAAAUAGUGUAGCAAAGUUGUCAUAUAUGAAAAGGGUCCAUCCCUCUGAGCAACGUAUUUCUCUGUCUUCCAUCUCUACAGCUCUACUGUGAGCUGACAUUCCACUUGAACCAAAUGUUUCCUGAAAAAGGCACAAAUAUGUCUAGUUGUCAGUUGGCAACACAGUGAAGUGGCUUUAUUUCCUUCGAAUAUUCCGUAGCUUUUUUUGUUUUGUUUUAUAUAAACUAAUAUAUCAAGUUCAUAUCUGGACUAAUAUACUGUAGUAGCUGAUCACACGGUAAUGCAUGACAAGCACAAAGUGGCCAAUCAACAGCCUUUUUGCAUUAUCGCCACAGUUAUGUGAUUAAACUCCAAACUUCCAAUUAAGUAUGAACGAAAAUGUGUGUUUUUAUUCGGGGGUUUUUAAUGUCAUUACUAUUAUUAUUUAAAUGCUUGAAAGUACAAUACAUACCAAAAAUUGUAUACCAUCAACAGAUAAAAACUGCAAGUCACUUUUAAAAUGAGCUGUCGUUUCCUAACUCCAGAGAUGGAAUUUAUAGACUUGAACGCUCCUUUCGACCUACUUUACUAUGAACGACUCUUAGUUGUAGCUUUUCUAUUUGGAGAGUAAAAACAUUAACUCUCACCAUAACUACCUUCUUCAUUCAUUUUGUACACUUUAUUUUUAUGACUUGAAAUAUACCGUAUAUCAUCAAAAGCAGAUGACCAUAUCUUAUUUAAAGACUAUAAUGUGAUCAAAUGUAAUAAUAGUCAGGUUGAUACUCCCCAGUGAACUUACUGUAGAGUUAUUUUGCCUUUUUGGUAUGAACUUGACAGUUGUCCAGCUCUACUACUACCUGCUAGGAGUACGACCUCUUGUGGUAUGUUUCAUUUAUUACAAGGUUCUCUACCACCUGGAAAUAAUACAAGUGCAGCAUUUGAAAUACAAAAUAUCAACUUACAAUAAUUUUACAGUAUAAACAUAUAACAGCUUCAUCAAAAAGUUGCAGUUUUUAUUUAUUUGAUUUCCGUUUGUUUUGCCGCCUUGGCUAAUUGUACUUCCACAAGUGCAUGCAAUCAUCAUGUAAAACUGAUCAACUUGACGCAGCAAUUAUUGUAAAUAGUAAAAAUGCAUGACAUAAUUGCUGUAUAUGGAUGUUCCACUAGAAGGGCUUUCUUUGCAGGACCAUCCUCACAACAGCCUAUGUAACCAAUCACAUAAUCAAAGCUUCAGUGUGCAGAUUGUAUAUGCAGAUAUUAUUAUAAUUAUUAUUAUUGUUAUAAUCAUGCUGCAUAUAAUGCAGAGAAGUCUCAGCACAUAAAUCUAUAAUGGACACCACAGAACGCAUGCUUUGUGCACUGUUCUCUUCAGAAUGAUAUACUGCAAUCAUGUAAAAUCUGCUGCUAAUAUUUGCAUUGAGUUUUGCAGCAUACAGGUGAAACUCAAACCAUUUUAAUGUCAUGUGAAAGACCAUUUCUGCAAUUUAACUUCAAAUGUGAAACUAAAAUGUGAUAUAAACUAGGCAUGCGAAUCUUUCGGCACCUAACGAUUCUUUACGAUUCCUGGGGUGAUAAUUCGAUUCAGAAUUGUAUUAUUUGGUACAAUAAUUAUAAUGAAACUUUAAAAAAAAAAAGAAAAACUCCUUCUGGUUGCACGGAGAAUGCCUUAAAACGUAUUUUAAAAAAUUAUUUUUAUCCUAAAAACUUUUUUUUUUAAAUGGAUUUUUGAAAAUUCUGAAUCGAUUUAGUGUCGGCAGCAAUAAAAGUAGCGAUCCAGUUAUAAAUCGUUUUUUUUGUGCACCCCUAAUUUAAACUCAUUACAUACAAUGUGAAAUAUGUCAAGCUUUUAUUUGUUACAGUUUUGAUGAUCAUGGUUUACAGUUUUUGAAAACCCCACAAUUUCUGAAAUGUUCAAGUCGAUGUUUCCAUAAAUUGCAACCCAUAAUCAUCAAAAUCAUAUCAAGAGAAGUCCUAAAAUAUAUUCAGUUGCAUGUUAUGAGCCUGUCAUAUAUUAGUUUCACCUUGUUAAUUUAAUGACUGGUAUAAACAAACCUUUGCACGAUAUUCUCAUUUUUUUGAGUUUCACCUGUAGUUUCUCUUCACAAGACAGAGCAGAGCGACCACAGCACCUUCUUUCAAUUAAACAAAAUUGUAACUGUUUUUCCAAAUAAUGGUCACAAUUGUCUGGAAAAACCCAAAGCACAUUUUCUUAAAUGUCCUUAAUGCAAUAUAUAAAGUUGAGCAUUGUGGAGGCAGAAGCUGAGACUUUAGGAUACCUGCUCAGGUAUAUUUGAGUAUGUUUGCACUACCUGUCCUUUUAAUGUAUGCUUUAUGAUGCAAUAAACGCACUACAAGUUCUGCUGUACCCACAAGUUGUCUGAUCUGAUGUCCCCAAUGCAAGUCUGCAAGAUAUUAUAAAUGCAGCCAUGUCUGAUGAACAUGUGUACAGGGUGUAUCUUUGUCAAUAGUGCAUUUGGACAAAAGGGA